AUGAAAGUGGUUUAAGGAUGUAUGUAUUUUAUAAUUUCAUAGUUGUUAAAAGUUGUGAUAUCUUUGGAUAAAAAGUAGAUUUUAAUUAUAAAAAAGAAGAAAGUUACAAAACAGGAUUUGGAGGAUUUGCAUCUAUCAUUAUUAUAGUUGUAUUGAUUGUUUUCUUUCAAUCAAAUGUAUUAAACUUUUUUGCAAAAAUUAACAUAUUUGUUAAUUAAACUACAGAAUUUGAAGAUUUUCCUGAUUAAAUUAUAAUGAAUGAUGAAAAUUACAUGAUUGCGUUAUAAAUUGAAUAAAAAAAUUUUACAUAAAACCCUUUUUUCAAUAUCACUGCAGUUUAAUAGUAAAAAUUUAAAUUAUAAUAGAAAUUCAACAAGACUAAAGAAUGGAACAAUCUUAAAAAUAACAACAGAAAUUAAUUUGGUUCCAUGCACAUUAGAUAGAUUCUAAAAUAUUUUUUCAAAAUUCAAUAUUGAUUUUAAAACUCAAUAUGAUUUAAUAGGACUCUCAAAUUAUUUAUGUCCAGACUUGAAUUAUUCGAUGAAAUUAAAAGGAAGAUUUGCUAAUAGAGAUUUUACAUAUAUAAAAAUCACAGUUUCAAAAUGUAGCAAUGAUACAAGUCAGAAUUCUAUAUAUACAUGGAAACCUGUAUGUUAAUCAGAAGACUCUAUUAAAAGCUAUCUUGCAAAUAAUUCAGCCUUUAAAGUUUCCCUUUAUAUGACAAAUUUAAUAGUGAAUCCAUCAAAUCCUUAAAAUUUUAUAUAAGCUUACCUUGAUGACGAACUUUAUUUUACAUUUGUAAUGUUUCCUAUUUAAAAUUAUAGACACCUAAGUUGCUUUAAAGGUAAGCCAAUAUAUUUUGGAGAAAAUUUAAUUUUUAAACAGAUGAAAGUCUUACACCAUUUAAAAGUGUAAAAAAUGAAACCUAUUUUGCUAGAACUGCAACAGAUUUUAGGGAUUUAACAUUAUUAGGAGCAGAUACUGAUACUAUCUAUGCUUAAUUUUACUUAAGAAGGAGUACUUUUACUGAAAAUAUUUAGAGAAACUAUUAAAAAGUAGAUGAUUUAAUGUCAUAUUUGGGAGGAUUUUUAUAAAUAAUGAUUGCAUUCUUUGGAUUCUUUAUUUAAGUUUAUAAUAAACAAUCAUGUAAUUAUAUAUUAUUAUAUAUAUUUUAGAAUUAGUUGAUUUAUCAAAUGAAUUAUUUGAUUUUGAUAUUGAGGAUGAAGAUAAAAAGAAAUAAUUAUCAAAUCCUGAUGAUUCAGAAUAGUAGAUACUACAUUAAAAUCAAUCAUCAAUGGCUAGUCUUGGUUUUGAAGUAAAUAAUUAGGUAGGCAAAGAUUAAUCAGUUAAUAGUACUCAUUUGUAAAUUAAAAAUUCAUCCUAAGAAUUAAUUUUAAAGAAUUUAAAUUCUAUAAAUUAUAAUUAAUAAUCCUAAUAAAAUAUAUAAUAUAAAUAACAACUAGAAUAGAAAUAUAAAGAGGAGUUAGAAAAAAAUUAAUAAAAAACAGGUAGAUAAUACUUUUUUGAAUAAAUUUAAACACUCUUGAUUUAAUAAAAAAAAAUAGAAUUUACUUUAAAAUACUUAAUAAAAAGGAUCUUUUGCUAAAAAUCUCUUAGAUCUCAUGAUGAUUAAUUACUCAAUAAAGCAGUGUAUAUAUAAUAUUAUAAAUAUAGAAAUUAAGUUAAUUCUGAACUUGAUUUAUUAGUUAUAUUGAACAAAAUACAAGAAUUAGAUAAAUUAAAAGAUUUAUUAUUAAAGAGACCAUAAUAAAUCAUUUUUAAUUUUAGUCCUAAACCUUUAAUUUCAUUAAAAGAUAAAAAAAUAUUUCCAACUAGAUAAUUAAUUCAUUAAUCAAGUAUGACAAAAUUACCUAAUAAGUAAUUGAUUAUUUUAUUAAAGAUUGGUUAAUGAAAUAGAUUAAACAUUUUAGAUAGGAGAGGAUAAUUCAGUCUUUAAUAAUUCUUCAUAAUGCAUUUAUUCUAAACUUUUUAAAGUAAUUAAAUUAUUAAUCACAUUAGGCGUAUUAAAAAAUUUAGUUUGAAAUAGAAAAGCAAACAGUAGAUAGUAGAAUCAAUGUUUAAUUGAUUAAAAAUUUAAACCCAAAAGUUUAAAAUAUUUUUGAAGUUACAUAAUUAUUAGAAUAGCAGGAGAAAUUAUUGAAAUAGAACGAGUUAAUUUAAAUAUCAAAUUUAUUUAAAAAAUGA